CUGGUAUGGCCCUGGGCGGAGCCAGUAGUCCGCUGACCAAUAGGAGAGCGCGGUAAAGGGUAUAAAUAGCAGUGUCUGCGGGCGAAGCGUCACACUUGAGCAGUGUGUCAGUGGGGUGGAGGGGUCGGUAAAAGAUGACUUCUCCCGAAAUCUCCAAGAUCUCCUGGGGCAGUAUGAACGUUUCAGGGCAAGUAUAUAAAGACUGCAAGGUGUGGCCUGGAGGAAGCAGAACCUGGGACUGGAGAGAGACUGGAACCAAUAAAUCGAGACUCAUCAGACCAGGCAACAUUUUUCCAGUCUUCAACAGUCCAAUUUUGCACCAUCCAGGGGUCCAGCCUGCAGAUGUGGAGGAGGUGUUGAAGAAGGGAGUGAAGACGCUGGUCAUCGGCCGUGGGAUGAAUGAAGCCCUGCAGGUCCCGGCCUCCACCUUGGACUACAUCCGAUCUCAAGGCAGUGAUGUCCUGGUCUUCCAGACAGAGAAAGCCGUGCAGGAAUAUAACAGCCUCGCCUCAAAGGGAGCCAACGUCGGGGGGGUGUUUCACUCCACCUGCUAAAUCUGCAACGGUCUGGCCGUAGCGCGGGAAGCCGGGGCCCCGCAUGAUGAGUGUCUGCUGCACCAUGGGUGACUUAAAAAUCUAUAAUUGUCCAUGAAGUUGAAAUAAUAAAGUUUAUUUUUUUUCCUAGCAAAA